AUGGCGGAUGACCUUACUCAGAUCGCUCAAUUGCUCAACAGCACCCUCUGCCCCGACGUCGCGGCCGUCCGCGCCGCUACCGACCUGCUUGAUCGUCUUUCCAACAAUCCGUUUUUUCCUUUCCGCCUCCUCUCCAUCUCCACCGGAGAAGGAAAUCAAGGCCCGAAAAUUGCCGCUGCUACUUACCUCAAGAACCUCACUCGCCGCAACGUCACUAGCUCCGGCGACAAGCCUUCGAACGUGAGCAAAGAGUUCAAGGAGCAGCUGAUUCAGGCGCUGCUUCAAGUCGAAUUGCCCGUUCUCAAGAUUCUGGUUGAAGUGUUCCGCGCCAUUGUGGUAGCUGAUUUUGUCAAGCAGAAUUUGUGGCCCGAGCUUGUACCUAAUUUGCAGUUUGCUAUUCAAAAUAGUCAUCUUAUCAGCGGUUCAAAUACUAAAUGGAAUACUCUGAAUUCAGUUCUUGUUCUCCAUGCACUUCUCAGACCUUUCCAGUAUUUUUUGAAUCCUAAAGUAGCUAAGGAGCCAGUACCACCCCAGUUGGAGCUUAUAUCCAAAGAUAUUCUUGUGCCUUUGCUUGCUUUUUUCCAUCAAUUUGUUGAAAAGGCUUUAGCAAACCAUGGCAGAGCAGAAAAAGAAACUGAGAAAGUCCUUCUCACUAUUUGCAAAUGCCUCCAUUUUGCAGUGAAGUCCUACAUGCCAUCGACUUUGGCUCCUCUACUUCCUUCAUUCUGUCAGGACCUAAUGAGAAUUUUGAGUUCUCUGAGCUUUGAUUAUGCAGUCCAUCAAGAUGAUGAAUAUUUGAUGAGAUUGAAGACUGGAAAAAGAAGUCUGCUUAUUUUCUCUGCCCUUGUAACCCGACACAGGAAACAUUCUGAUAAGUAA